AUGGAUAGGGCCAAAGAAGCUAUUAUAAAAGCUUUUAAUGAGAAUGAAGAAAGAUAUUCAAAUAUUUUUAAAAUCAUUGAUGAGAGAUGGGAAUGUCAAUUACAUCAGCCUUUGCAUGCAGCGGGUCAUCUCUUGAAUCCUAAGUACUUCUAUUUUGAUGAUAACAUAGCAACAGAUCAUGAAAUUACAGCAGGAUUGUAUGCUUGUAUACAAAGACUAGUUCCUAGUGCUGAAAUUCAAGACAAGAUCAUGGCUGAGCUACCCAUCUAUAAGAAAGUUGAAGGACUCUUCGGCAUUGAAUUGGCUAAAAGAUCAAGAAAGACAAGGGCUCCAGCUGAAUGGUGGAGUUCGUAUGGGAGCUCAACUCCGAAUUUGCAACAGUUAGCUAUUAGAAUCUUGAGCUUGACUUGUAGUGCAUGUGGCUGUGAGCGCAAUUGGAGUGUGUUUGAGCAGAUGAGUUUUGAAAUUCACACAAGAAGAAGGAAUAGACUUGCACAAAAACGACUAAAUGAUCUGGUCUUUGUGAAGUAUAAUCAAAAGAUGAAGGCACGAUAUGAUAAGCGUGAUAUUCUGAUCCCAUCUCCUUAG